CGAACUCAUGACCUCAGCUGAUCCACCUGCCUUGGCCUCCCAAAGUGCUGGGAUUACAGGCGUGAGUCACCACACCUAUCUUCCUUGGACUUUUCAUCCACCACCGUGUCCACCUCAGGCUCUGAGUCAAAGCCAUCCAGAGAGACCCAGAGCCGACACCUCCGUCCAGGGACCUCUCCCUUACCCACGGAGAUGGGACAGCCCUUCCUGUGUGUACAGUGGGCCCACGGUCAUCACACUGCCCUCUGGAGUGAACUGACUGCCCCGAGGCCUGGGGAGCUGGAUCACCACCUGGCUUCCGCCGUUCACCCUGUCCACUACAAAAACGACCUCCUACCCUCAAACCGGCUCCCAACCCCCAUGCACAGGAACCCAGUCCUCUCGGGCCCCGGCUCCGCCCAGCAGGGGGCGCCCAGGAGUCUCAGACUCGGGGGAAUGAAAGCCGGGAGCGCAGUACAGAUAGCAGGCAGGUUGGCUGGAAGCCGCGGGCUCGUGCUGAACAGCUCUGAGGCCGGCCAGAGGCCCGUGCACCGCCCGGCAUUUGUCCAGCCCCAGCUGUCAUCUGCAGGUGCCGGUCCGGUUACCCUCACCGCGGGCCGGGAGCAGGGAGGAGGAAAGCGCCCCGCGGCCCUGGAAUCCGCCGCGCACGUGCUCCCCGGGCUCCUCCCCCUGCGCACACUUGUUCCGGUUUCCGACCGCAGAGUCCCGGAGCCGCGCCCUAACGAACUCUCACUGCCCCUGGUCCGGGCUUGCUUCUCUGGGAUUCCAGAGCCCUAUCGGUCCCUAUCUGCGGCCGUGCAGCGCGGAACCCUGCUGGGAGCCCCUACGGAGGCGCCAAAUACACAAAGGGGAGUUGGUGGGGAGGCGCACCAUGACGACCGCGCCGGGACCUGCGCGUCACCCCCACGGCGCCCCCGUGGUGCCUUGGUGCGCGCGCCCUGUCUGGACCCUCCUAGCUGCGAGAGUGCACGGGCAGUGUGACCGACCCAGGCACCUGGGAAUCCAUCAGCUGUCAUCCAAUCCCUUAAUUACCUUGAUUGAGCACCUACUGUGGCCAAGAAUUGCUUUAUUUAUUUAUUUAUAUUUAUUUAUUAUUAUUUAUUUGAGACG